AUGUCGGCGCCAGGCGGACGAGGAUUCGGAGGCAACCGCGGGACGAGCCGUGGAGGCCGUGGUUUUGGAGAUCGCGGGGGCUAUCGUGGCGGACGUGGGCCUGGUGGAGCUGGCCGCGGCGGUGGUGGUGGCCGCGGGCCUGUCCAGGAAGAGGUACAAAUCUACGUACCACCAGACAAAGUUAUCCCAGCGCCGGAUGCGCGCGUCGCAGAGGUUGAGGAUGCCAUCCAAAAAUCGGCGGGAGGUCCAGCUGCUCUUGCCGCACUGACUCUGACUGAGGGAUUCCCUCAUCGACCUGGCUAUGGUACCAGAGGCACCCCUGUGAAGCUGUGGGCCAACUAUGUCGAGAUGAUUCCUCCGCCGGAUCUCAUGCUGUAUCGAUACGAUAUAGCUGUAUCGCCAAGCGCCGCAGGUAAGAAGUUGACUCAGAUUGUGCGUCUCCUGUUAGAAACAGAAGCGUUGGCCCAAUUCCGCUCGGACUUGAUCACAGACUUCAAAUCUACUCUGCUAUCGUGCCGUAAGUUGGAGAGCGACGAAUUUCUGGUCCGAAUCAGAUACCGUGCUGAAGAUCAGGACGAACCCCGGGAGGAAGCCACUCAGUACCAGGCCCGGGUUCGAUACACAAAUGCCCUGUCUACCGCUCAGCUCGUGGACUAUUUGGAGUCCACUAACCUGUCACAACCUCUUGAUGACAUGCAGCCUCUCGUCCAGGGCUUGAAUAUAUUCCUGAACCAUUACGCAAAAUCAACUGGGGCCUUGGCGACGAUAGGCGCCAGCAAGACCUUCUCUCUCGGCCCUUCAGCCGCCAAAUGGGAUCUAGGCGCCGGCCUAACCGCCUUACGAGGCUACUUCACUAGUGUCCGACUUGCAACCUGUCGAAUCUUGGUCAACGUGAACGUCAGCCAUGGAGCUUUUUAUGAAGCAAUACCACUCGAGCAGUUGAUAUCGAAGUAUGGAGCUGCUCAUAAUUACAACAAGGGCAGAUUGGAAAAGUUCUUUGGGAAACUCCGGAUUCGAACAACUCAUCUGCCGGAAAAGAAGAACAAAGCAGGGCAAAUCGUCCAUAGGGUGAAGACUAUCUUUGGACUUGCCAACAAAAAUGACGGUCACGGUCUCGCUCAUCCACCGAGGGUAAGUGAGUACGGGGCUGGUCCAAAGGAUGUGGAAUUCUGGCUUGACAAUCCGUCUCAAUCGAGCAGUUCAUCAAUAGCUGCCAAAGGUGGCGGUAAGAAGAAGGGGAAAACGGGAGGUCCUAGCGGAGCCCCAAAGCCGGCCUUGGGUGGCCGAUACAUCAGCGUAUACGACUUUUUCUUGCAGACUUACAACAUUGCCGUUGCCAAUCCGAGAGUUCCAGUGGUCAAUGUGGGCAAUAGAGCCAACCCAACCUACCUCCCCGCUCAAGUUUGCCAUGUCAUGCCUGGACAGAAUUCGAAGUCGAAACUUGAUGCCGGCCAAACCCAACAAAUGAUACGGUUUGCGGUAAGGCGACCAGGGGAUAAUGCUACUUCGAUUGUUCAAGAAGGAUUGGAGACUGCCGGCCUUUCUCCCCGCACUAAUGCCCUUCUGACUGACUUCAAUUUUUCGGUCCCGCCAAAGUUGAUCACCGUUACGGGACGCGUUCUUAUCGAACCUAAAGUCAAUUACAAACAAAAGACCGCUUCAGUACGUUUGGGCAGCUGGAAUAUGGUGAAUUUCAAAUUCAACACUGCCGGGUCUCUGAAGAAUUGGUCGUAUGUCAUGGUUUCAACACCUGGGAAGAGGGAUGCAUUCGAUGAGCAAGGCUUGACUGAAGUGAUUGGGAAGUUCCAUCGCACGCUGCUGGAUGUGGGUAUCACUGCAAGCCAACCAGUCAAAGGCAAAAGAAUAUCGAUAACCGGACCCGACGACCCUCAGCUUGAAAAUACCAUCAAAAGCGCUGCUAAUGCCAAGUUCGCCUUGUUGUUCAUUGUUCUCCCGAGCGACAAUGCUUCAGAAUAUUACCGGAUCAAGCAGUACGCCGACGUCAAAUACGGAAUCCACACAAUCUGCAGCUUUGGGGACAAGCUUGCCAAAGAGAGAGGCCAGGAUCAGUACUUCAAGAAUGUUGCGCUGAAGUUCAACCUGAAGCUCGGUGGAAUCAACCAACUUGUAGACAAUUCUCGGCUUGGCAUCAUCAACGCGGACAAGACCAUGGUUGUGGGGAUCGACGUCACACAUCCAUCUCCAGGCUCCACGUCCAACGCACCAAGCGUGGCUGGCAUGGUCGCCAGCGUGGACAGAUGGCUCGGUCAAUGGCCCGCCGUGCUGCGCAUCCAAGGCCAGGCCCGCGACGAAAUGGUCACGGACUUGGGCGACAUGCUGAAAUCACGGCUCAAACUCUGGAAGGAGAAAGGAAAGCACCCGGCCUUCCCCGAAAACAUCCUCAUCUACCGCGACGGCGUAUCCGAAGGCCAGUACAGCAAAGUCAUGAAUGAGGAACUGCCCCUCCUCCGCAGCGCAUGCAAAGACGUCUACCCAGUCCCCGACCAGAAGAAGGGCCUCCCAAACAUCACCAUCAUCGUAGUCGGCAAGCGGCACCACACGCGCUUCUACCCCACGCAAUUGGAGCAGUCCGACAAACUGAACCCAAAGCCGGGCACAGUCGUUGAUCGGGGCGUGACCAUGGCCCGCAACUGGGAUUUCUUCCUGCAGCCACACUCGGCGUUGCAGGGUACCGCGCGCCCGGCCCACUACUAUAUCGUGCUGGACGAGAUCUUCACCCGCCACUACAAGACCGCCGUCCCGGCUCCGUUCAAGAAUGUCGCGGAUGUGCUGGAGGAUCUGACGCACACCAUGUGCUAUCUGUACGGCCGGGCGACCAAGGCAGUGAGCUUGUGUCCGCCGGCGUACUAUGCCGACAUCGUGUGCGAGCGGGCUCGCUGCUAUCUGAAUGAUGUGUUCGACACGCCGACGCAUUCGGCGGCGCCGUCGGUUGCGGGGAGCGCUCAGGGGAGGGAGUCGCUGGUGGGGAAUGAGGAUGUGUUGAUCCACCCCAAGUUGCGGGAUAGUAUGUUCUAUAUUUGAGCUCUCCCCUUAGUAUACUAUCACUAAGCCCCUCUCAUUCGAUAUCAUACUAACCGAGCUGGAUUUUGGUUGGGAGAGUGGUCCCGACGUGGCCCUCGGACGCUCCUUUUUCGGGCUGGUUCAGGCUGUUUUAGGAUAGACUGGUUUACAAAUCCACCACACGUGACUUUACGUAGAGUGAUAUUUUCUAUACAGUGAUAAACCCUUAGUCACGAACCCGUAUCACUCACUAUACGAAGGCUUUACUGUAUCGACUACAAGGUCAUCCUGGCGGGGUGAGAAUCGAGGGUUUUCAGCGGCACAUCCGGCUUUGGCGUGACGGUUGACUCAGCGGAUGCAGAUUGCUGAGCACCUUCGUAUGAAUUCAGAAUCUCGUCAAAGAGCUCGCU